AAAUAAGCUGUCAUCCUGGGAGAACUCCAGGCCCCACCUGGAGGUUGGCAGCCCUGCAUCACGCAGCCCCCUUUCCUCCCCAGGCAGGCAUGUCCACCCUCUUCCCCUCCCUCUUCCCCAGAGUCACGGAGGCACUGUGGUUCAACCUGGACCGGCCCUGUGUGGACGAGAAUGAGCUUCAGCAGCAGGAGCAGCAGCACCAGGCCUGGCUGCAAAGCAUCGCAGAGAAAGAUAACAACUUGGUCCCAAUUGGGAAGCCCGCCUCCGAGCAGACUUACGAUGAGGAGGAAGAGGAGGAUGACGAAGACGACGAAGACAGCGAGGAGGACUCCGAAGACGAUGAGGACAUGCAAGACAUGGAUGAGAUGAACGACUACAAUGAGUCUCCGGAUGACGGGGAGAUUAACGAGGUGGAUAUGGAGGGCGCAGAGCAAGAUCAAGACCAGUGGAUGAUCUAGGCGACGAGGCUAAAGGAGUAAGCGUC